AUGCGUAGUUCACAAUUCUCAAUUUCAUCAUCUUUUCAACAAGAGCUACCAACAACAAUGACCGGCAAAUAUGAUAUGAUACAGCAAUCACAGUGCUUCCUGCUGAUGGACGUCUUUUUCAAGUUGAAUAUGCACAAGAAGCUGUCAAGAAAGGAUCGACCGCCGCAGGUUACAGUACGUAAGAUCUCUGUGCUCGACGAUCAUGAUGCUAUGACAUUUCCUGGUCUUACAGCUGAUGCUCGUACACUCAUGCAUCGUGCUCGUAUCGAAUGUCAAUCUCACCGACUGAAUGUCGAAGAUCCCGUCACUAUUGAAUACAUCACCCGGUUCAUUGCUGAUCUGCAACAAACCAUUGAAAAUACUCAGUGCUGA